CGUGAACAAGAGUGUGGACCAUUAAUGGAGCUGUGGCGCGUGGAACUCAAGUUCCAGGGCAUGUGCUGCAACUUGGUGGGCAAGCUGCCGGUGGAGAAGCGGCAUUAUCUCAAGGACUUCCCGUCGAAGCUGAGUGUGAGCAUGAAGGCCAAGUACACGGCGAUCCCGGCAACGAGUUUCUUCUGCAAGUUUGCGUCGAAAGACGCGGGCGACUUGAUCGAGUAUCUCAAGCGUAAACGCAUGGCGGCGUGCGUGACGUUUCCGUACUCCAAAUACAUCUUCACGCUGUACCUAGUCGUGCCGUCUGACAUGCCGCAGCUCAAGUGCCUCCAGCGCCUGAAGAAGACAGGCGCGAACGUCGAGUCGCUGUGUCGAAACGACGACGGCGUUGUCAUUGGUGUCCUCAAUCGCGAAAUUAACAAAGAAGCGGAAGACAGGUUGCUCGCGAAGCAACUGCAACUGCAAGAAGCGGCGCGGAGCGCGCGCAAACUCAGCACGACAGUCGGCGACCCGCUCCUCGAACUCGACCUGCUCCUCCAACGCUUGCCCACGACAAAGUCCGCCAUCGACCAUUGCGCACAGUUCAUGGUAAAGCAAAAGCACAGCUUCGACGACGUCUGGACGCGAGUUGUGGACGCCAUGGUCGGCUUUGAACAAGGCAAGGGACGGCUUAACGUAGUCUUCCUCGCACACGACGUCAUUCGAAAGGUCCGUGGCGGCACGAACGACGACCAAGGCAACGCCGCGCUCAGUUCGUCGGGCCUCAUCCGCGCCGGCGAACGCAUCUUCCACAAGCUCCUGGACGCGCUCGACUCGAAAUGCAGACACUCGACGGUUGUGAAGGAGAUCCUGGCGCUGUGGACGAAAUGGGACGUUCGCUUUGACGGGGACGGCAUGACGUUGCUUUCGGACCCGCUUGUCGCUGACGACUCAAUCGCGUCGAUAACGCCCCUUCAACUCAUCGCGCCGCCGGCAUUGACGCACUCGACGUCAACUGCGUCAUCGAAUGGGUCGCCGCAGUCGUCCGCAGAUGGCUCGACCAUGAACAGCUCGACGCCGGCCGACGUCCUGGCCGUCAUGCGAAGGCAUCACAUCACCCCUGGCGCAUGGGAGAUUUAUCUGUCCCGAGCAAACCCCGACGAACUGUUUGAGAUUGACCACGUGCUCACCCUGAACGGCAACUACAGCACCUUUCUCCCGCCCAAGGCCCUGGACAACAUGGGCGAGGUCCUUGGCGGCCACAAUCGGCGGUAUACUGGCGACACUUUUCUCCAUCGCUACGUGAAGAAGAAUUUUAAGCAUCUCAUCGAUACGCACCAGUCGUCCGUCGAGCCGGAACAGAUGCGGACGUCCGCGGAAGUCCUCAAAGAAGCGCUCGUGUGUUCGUGGGAGUUCGAUGCCGAGGCGACGCGGUCCAUCUACAAGAGCGACAACGCGUUCAUCGACGAGUGCUGGCGGAAGCUCGAAGCACGCAUGCCCUGCGACAACUUGAAUGCGUAUGUCAUGAGCUACCUCAAGCGGUGCAACCACAACUUGUACGCGACCAACGCAGACUUUGUCGCGCUGUCGAGCUUGCUCGCUGACCCCGCCACAGCCACGACCUCCAACACAUCUAGCACCGUUGGCAGCUCGGCAAGUAGACAGUCCGCCGACAACCCCCAUAACCGAUCGCCAUCUACCCGUCCAGAUACCGACGCGCCAUCUCCCGCGGCGGUAGACGAUUCCGUCGACAAGAAGAUUUUGGCUGGAAUCGUCAAAGUGUGGGGCUCCCAGCUCUCCACAGACGCCGCGUCAAAACUCCGCGACCUCCCACCGGCCAUCGUUCGCCGCCUCGCCAAGAUCGCCGUGGCUGCGUGUGUGGACGGGAAGCCGCCGCACAUGUCGCGCUUGAUCGUUCAGGAGGCCAAGCAGCAUGCACAAGGCAAAGGCAAGGGAAAAUGGUGGUCUCCGCGCAUGCGAGCGACCAUUCAAGACGCUUACCGACGCCUGACGGGCGGCAAACGCCUUGCCGACGACGACGAUGUGAACCCUCGCCCACCGCAACGACCCAAGGAAUCGACGAGUCCAUCCACGGACCCUCCGCCAUCGCAGCUCACAGACGACGAGUUGGCGGCGCUCAAGGCCCGGAUACCCAAACCCCCGACACUCAAGUUUCACAAAGUCAAACGCAAAGACAUCCAACGCAUCGAGACCAACAUCAACGGGACGUUGGGGAUGGCGAUAUCGGGCAUCCCGAACAGCGGACGAGGGAUGUUCAACCUCAGCGAUCAUGCGUGGCCGGCAUUCUCUGUGGUGUGCAUCUUUGGGAGCCGGCGGAUCUCGGAGGACAUGCACCAUGACGGGUUAAACAAAGUCGCACGGUGUGGCGAAUUGGGCGAGACCUUUGUCGUUGUGAAUGGCGAGGUGAAGGAAGUCGACAAGUUCAAAGAGCAGUACGGCCAUCGCCUCAUCGAGUACGACGGUCUGGUUGAUGCAGAAGGCUCCAUGGGGGGCUUCCCCAACGACCGCGUGUACGAGUACCCCGAGGAGUAUUACUGGGACGCCAGCGGGUUUUACAACAACACGAUCCUGUGCCCGGGGUGCAUCGUCGACCCGUCCAAGCCCGAGAGCAAGAUCGUCCUCGACCAGCUCUACCUCGUCACGUGGAAGCCCGUCGAGCCCAUGCAUGAGUUCUUCCUCGCGUACGGGACGUCGUACUACGAGGAAGAUGACCCGAACCAGCCGAGGAAAGCCCCGAUUAAAAGAUAACACACCCCUAUCGUAUCCACGUCGUUCGGCGGGUUGAGCGCCGUCCAGCCCACCGGAAAGGAAGCGAUUCGUGGGUUACUUGGAUACAUUAACGGCAUGAACUCCACUGAGUGCCAUGGUCGUCCGAAGGGAUGCUGGGGGUGGUCUCGACAAGGUCCACGAUGCGGGGGGGGCAAGUCGCUACCGGCAUUCGACACGCAGGACAUACGAGAUGGAUGACUAACCACGUCUGGACGCAAGAAGGGUGGAACGAGUGGCCGCAGCCAAACGUGACGAUGUCGUUUGUGGCAUCGCUGGCUUCGUCUGGCUGUUGUGAUGCGGCAGACAUGAGGCAUAUCGGGCAGCAUGCACUCACUUCAUGCGUUUUGAAGCACAACGGAGUCGACGAUGGCGGUGGUUGGGUCUGUUUUCGCAUGUGGCCAGUGCGUUGCUGGUGCUGCAGUUCGCGCAGAGCUUCAACGACAUAGCUGUGGCGACGAGGCGGAAUGUCGAGAAAGAGAUGGAGCAUCUGCCGUGCGCGAUCGACGGCAGCACAGUCGGCAUCACGACCGGUGGUGGCAUGCAACAAGUCGUUGACGAAUGUUUCGACGACCCACGUGCGUUGGGUGCACGCGGCGUCGACUUUGAUGUCACAGGACGACCCGUCGUCGAAGAGCUUUAGCUUCAUGGAUGGCGCCGGCGGCCGCGACGAUUUCUUUGCAAGCCGCCGGAGCGGCCCGCAACAUGCAAAGAUUGUGCACGGGUGUUCGCGGAUACAGGUACGGAUUGCAUCAUGGAGUGCUGCGAUCUCGACAUGAGUCUUCCGCAACGCGUACGUCGAUCCGGUGACAGCUUUGUCCUGGACAAACACCACGUACUGCGCGUUGACGGACUUGAGCGGGGACCCCCGUCGUCGUUGGGUCAUCGACUGUUUGGGUGGCGAGCCCGGGGUCACAACAACCUCAAGGGCUGGCGCAUCGGCCACACCUGGAACGGCACCGAGGAACCCUUCAAACGAGACGAACACCAUGAGACUGUCCGACGACGCGCUUGGGCGCUGCCGAC